AUGCGAUUAGUGGCUCUGGCUUCAUUGUUGCUAGCGGUUGCAGUAAGUGCACUAGGAAAUAGCCAGCAAGGUUUCAACUCUGAACUAUCGUUCGAUGAAUACACUGAGCAGUCGUUGCUAUGGGCACCAUAUAGACCCAAUUGCUAUUUUGGAAUCCGUCCACGCAAUGUGGAUCAGAGCCCAUUUAUGUUAGGCAUAAUGUGGUUUGAUAACUCUGAUGCUUCGGGGCUUUCACGCAUCAGACACUUCGUAGAGCAGGGGGAUAAACUGCAGAAGUAUGGUUGGGAAGUCUACGAUCCCAGAGUAGGUGGCAGAGAGGUCAUAAUCGAUGAGGCAAACAAUCUGAACCUUACAAUCUACUUUACCAAAAGCCACAACGGCGAAAACUGGGCAGUAAGAGUUCACGGGGAGCCGCUUGACCCUGAAAGAGGAUCUGCCGCCUCUGUGGUGGUCUAUUUUAACCAGAAUGGCCAAGAUGGUCAAUCUAGACUGAAAAAGAUUGUAGGCGACGAUUCAGGAAAGAUGCUAUUUCACGGUGUGUCAAAAGAGCUAGGUGAGUAUCAGCUCACCGUUAGGGAUAAUUUUGGUUCAUACUACUCGGAUCCAGGUCUGCCUACGAUGGAGAUUGUGCCGGGAUGCGACUCUUCUAAAACGGCACAUCUGUCUAUGACAGUACCGGAUGAGAAUGUUUGGAUGGCUCGCGAUGUCUUCUUAUCCAUUCUGUCUGAUUCAGUCAAGCAGAUUGUGGAGGAGAAAGGAGCUGAAGCAGUAAAUCCUUCCUUGUUCCCAUCUACUUUUACCAUCAGAAACUUGUAUGAUUUCCCAGCAGGCAAUUUCCAUUACUUACAGAAAUCUUUUGAUAACUCCAGUCCAGAAGGCUUCGAGUUUGACAUUAUUUAUAAUGCAUUAGACACAAAGGAGAGAAUAACAUCAAUCGGCGAUGUGGCAAAUUUGAUCUCUGGCACGAUUAACCACGUUGAGACAAAGUUUGCUGAGUUAUUUGCCCUUGAGCCAAAAGGCGAGCAAUAUCAUUCAUUUGCAUUGGAGACACUUUCAAAUUUGCUAGGUGGAAUAGGCUACUUUCACGGGACCCAACUGGUCGACAGAGUUACCAUCUUCGAUGAUGAACAGUUUGAAGAAGUGAAAUUACAACAUGCUACUGAGGAAGGCCCACUGAGCUUGUUUACCAGUGUUCCAAGUCGAGCAUUCUUCCCGCGAGGAUUUUACUGGGAUGAGGGGUUCCACCUCUUACAAAUUAUGGAGUACGACUUUGACCUUGCUUUCGUGAUAUGUUCCAGCUGGUUUGACCUCAUAGAAGCUGACAGCGGCUGGAUCGCUAGGGAGGUUAUCUUGGGCGAUGAGGCUAGAAGUAAAGUCCCUGAAGAAUUCAGGGUUCAAAAUCCAAAUAUCGCUAACCCACCGACACUUCUGUUAGCUUUUAGUGAAAUGCUGGACAGGGCCAUUAAGAACCAAGAGAGUUCCGCUCUGGAGUUUCCUGGACCGGUGGAUGAUGAGAUAACGGCACAAAAGCAAACCAGCCAAUUGGAAAACAAUCCAGAUUUACUGUUGAAAUAUGCGGAAAGAAUCUACCCUAAACUGCUCAAGCACUACAACUGGUUCAAGACCUCCCAGAAAGGACUCAUUGAGGAAUACGAAGAGAUCUUGGAAGACGAAGGCAUCCUGGAAAAGGUUCACCAAGAAGAGGCCUACACAUGGAGAGGGCGUACAAUCAAUCAUUGCUUACCAAGCGGAAUGGAUGACUACCCCAGACCGCAGCCACCUGACGUGGCGGAACUCAACGUCGACGCCCUGGCUUGGGUCGGCAUCAUGACGAGAUCCAUGAGGCGGAUCGCACACGUUUUGAGCCUGAAAGACGAUGAGGCGGAAUACCAGAAGAUAGAGAAUAAUAUCAUCGAGAACCUCGAUCUUUUGCAUUGGAGUGAAGAACACCGAUGUUACUGCGACAUAACGAUUGACAGCCUGGGAGAUGGCCGUGCAUUUGUGUGCCAUGAAGGCUACAUUUCUCUCCUCCCCUUCGCCUUGAAACUCGUGCCAUUGGACUCCCCCAAACUGAAGCACAUCCUUUCGCUGAUGUCUGAUCCGGAGGGAAUCUUCUCCGAGUACGGCUUACUGUCUCUCUCACGAAGAGACGAGUAUUUUGGCACAGCUGAAAACUACUGGAGAGGACCGGUUUGGUUGAAUAUCAACUACUUGUGUUUGGACGCGUUGACCUACUACUUCCCGGCGGUCGUGAGUGGCGCUGCCGAAGGCCUAUCCCCUGAAGAAUCGCAGGCCAAGCAACUCUUCGUUAGUCUCAAAGAAAGCCUUGUAAACAAUGUGUUCAAGAAUUGGGAGGAGAGAGGCUACUGUUACGAAUCUUACGAUCAGUAUACUGGAAAAGGCAAGGGAAUCGAACACUUUACAGGCUGGACAGCAUUGGUUGUCAAUAUAAUGGGAAAUAAAUAG